AUGCCGUCCGAAGAGACAUCUCUACAGCUGUGCUGUACACACUGGACGAGAGGAGGUCCCGGGAACUACGGCCUGGCUAGCCUGAUGAUGAAUGAGAGGGAGAGUCGAGACUUUGCACAAGAACUUGUUUUAAUCAUGAAUGAUUCAACCGUAGAGCCGGUAGUUAUUGAUCCCCAACUCUACCCCUACGAGGCUCGCAUUGGUGUGGGCUGUGUGUUGAUCGUAGCCUCUAUCAUCGGCCUCGUAGGAAACAGUCUCGUCAUCUGGUCCGUCAUUCUGUCCAAGAAACUCCGCACCGUGACCAACGCCUUCGUGGUCAACCUCAGUGUGGCUGAUUUCUGGACCAGUCUCUCCUUACCGUGGAUUUGCGUAGCUUUGGUGAGCCAUGAAAGCUGGCCCAUGGAGUCGGAGUUAUCGUGCAUUAUUGCUGCUAUUCAACUUUACACUGGUCUUGGCGCGAGUAUCUACUCGUUGGCCACCAUAGCUAUGAACCGCAUGGUCCUCAUCACUCAAAGCACGAAUACCUACCGUGUGUGGUACACCCCGCGUAAAGUAGCCGUCAUGAUCGCAAUGACUUGGGUCAUCCCGUGUAUUGUGACUUUCCUCCCGCCGAUUCUGGGCAUAGGCUCCAUUGGUUACGAUCGCCAAGACAAUACAUGUUCAGAUAAAGAUGGUCACCCGAGAGGCGCCGAAUAUAACCUGGCACAAUUCUUGGGUCUAUACCCAGUCCCAAUGCUCAUCAUCAUCUGUUGCUACACGGCACUCUACAUCCAUCUCAAACAACACUUCAGGAAACAGAUGGGCAGAUCUUUCAAGAAUAAUCAGUCUAUCUCCCCAGCGGCCGGUUUAGAUGGUGAAAACUCCACCGUUUCCACUAUUGCCACGGGGGAGUCUUCAGCGAAUAAUGCUGAGCACGUCUCCAAGAAAGCCUGGCAGGCCAUCAACCGCCAGCAACUAGCUAUCACCAAGAACCUCUUCCUGGUGUUUUGCGUCUUCGCAUUGUUGUUGUCUCCUUACUUUAUCUCUCUCGCUAUACCAUCUGGCCGUAAGUUUGCUCUGUACGGAGUCACCAUUACUAUUAUCAAUGGCUGUGUAAACCCCAUCAUCUACGCUGUCAACCACCCACAGUUCAAAGUGGUAAUGCGGGAGAUAGUUACGUGUCGUUACUCUGAAAUACAAGAACCUUCAGAUUUACUGAAAUUCUUGCUGUCAUUACGAAAUAAUUAA